CAAAAUCUCCAGUCCACUUCUCUUGUGCUUUUCUCUCACUAGCACCGCCUGUCGCUCUCCUCGCUUCAUUUUCUUUCAUUUCACUCCCUUUUAUCUGACAUCUCACCGCUCUCUAUCCGUUUCCAUUAUGCCUCUCCAUUGAUCUCUCUCGCCUCCACAUUUUCUCUGCGCCUCUACUGAAGUGAGAAGAACGAUCGGAGCUCUGUCAAUCAUGGACGGCGGUCAGGAAAUCGUUGCUAUGCCCGUCGGAAACUCCCCCCCGCCAUUCCUCAGCAAGACGUACGAUAUGGUGGAGGAUCCGUCCACGGACGCCGUCGUGUCUUGGACCGAGAGCAAUAACAGUUUCGUUGUGUGGAACGUCCCCGAGUUCGCCAAAGUCAUCUUGCCCAAGUACUUCAAGCACAACAAUUUCUCCAGUUUCGUCCGACAAUUGAACACUUAUGACUUGCUAUAUAUCUUGAUGGUUAUAGUCUCUGCUUUUCUCUUUGGGCAAGCAGGGGUUCAGGAAAGUCCACCCUGAUCGCUGGGAAUUUGCUAAUGAGGGCUUUCUAAGAGGCAGUAAACACCUCUUAAAGAGUAUAACCCGUAGAAAGCACGUCCAGGCGCAUCAUCAACAUCCCCCACCAACAACACCUCCUCCUCAAGUCCACCAAGCUGAACCGGUCAGGUCAUGUGUAGAAGUCGGGAAGCCCGGGCUAGAGGAAGAAGUUGACAGGCUCAAAAGAGAUAAGAAUGUGCUCAUGCAGGAACUCGUCAAGUUGAGACAACAGCAACAGGCAACUGACCACCAAUUGCAGAAUGUUGGGCAGAAGGUUCAUCUGAUGGAACAGCGACAACAGCAGAUGAUGUCAUUUCUCGCUAAGGCUAUGCAAAGCCCAGGUUUUGUAGCCCAGAUGGUUCAUCAACAGGGUGACAGUUUGCUCAUUUCUGGAGUUAAUAAGAAAAGGAGACUUCCAAACCAGGGAGAAGAAAGUUUUAAUGUUAAGCCUGUUUCCACAUUGCCCGAUGGACAAAUUGUUAGGUUUCAGCCUUUGAUGAACGAAGCAGCGAAAUCACUAUUAAGGCAAAUCUUGAAAUUAAACUCAUCUGCUAGGCUGGAACCGAAAUUUAAUGGUACUAGUGGUUUCUUGACUGAUAACAGCAUUAAUACGACAAAUCAAAUUUCUGGGGUUAGUCUGUCCGAGGUACCACUAGCAACAACUAAUAUUCCAUCAACUCCUGAUUUGGCUUCGGAAGUUACUCAAUCUCAAGUCCCGGAGAUGAACACAAUGGCAGAUUUUGCUGUUGAUAACAACAUGGAACCAGUCGUGAACAACAUGGAACCAGUCAUGUCAGAUGGGUUUUCUUCUGACCCUGACAUUGAUGUUUUGAUUGAUGAGAUGCCAAAACUUCCUGGGAUUAAUGAUGUCUUCUGGGAUCACAUUCUUUCUGCAAGCCCUUUGGCCGGAGACACGGAUGAUAUUAACUCCAUUUUGUUGGAGUGUGAUGGUGGAGUGGAAGAAGAUGAUGAUAUGACUGCAGGAGAAGUUGAAUGGGACAGAGUAAAUAAUGUGAAUCAUCUUACCGAGCAGCUAGGUUUUCUUGCUUCUGGAUCACCUAGCGCUGUGUAAUUGUAUUGUACAUAUUUUCCUAUGGUAAAAUUUCAGCUACGGCUUUUCAGGUGAGCUUAUGUCUGGAUCAGUUUAUUCUAAAGGUAAUCUUGAUGCUUACAGAAUUGAUGGAUUUGAAAUUUUUCCAUAUGUUUUCUUUGCAGGUGGAGUUAUCUGGUGUGAUGGGCAGCAGCAUUAUCAAGAACUGUUUAGUUUUUCGGUUUUUGCCUAAUUUUGCUUGUAUGCUAUUACAUUUUGGUGCUUUUAUGGAAAAUCUUCGUAUAGUGUAUUACAAAGAUAUGCAUUUCAUGGCUAGUUCUAGCUGAUUUUUUUUAGUAGUAGCUGAUAUACCUCAGCAUAAAUUGGCAUGGAAGUAACUCAAAUUCAUUGCGCCUUUUAGCCAAUUGGUACAUGUUGGGUAGACUUUGGUAGCCCAAUUUGUUUACCGGUGGGUGUAGCUCAAGUGGGAGUGAGGGAGUGCCACAAGGGUUAAGUCCCGGGUUCGAAUCCCGACAAUUGCGAUGAGAGGUUACUAUACUAAAAAAAUGCAUAGGACUUCUGCAAGUGUCGGGGACAGAGUUUCACUUUCUAUCUGUCAGAUUUGGUGGCCCAAUUUAACUCGCACCAUUUUUUAAUGACGAGACACUGAUCACAUGUACUACUCUGUAGUCCGUGCUUUAUAAGUUGAAAGUUUUUUUAAUUAAAGUCUUA